AUGGAUAAAUUCUAAAAAGAAAUUUUACUAGUUAACAAAGACAUAUAUAAUUAACUAUAUGAUACAAAAUCAUUAACUAAGUUAGAAUAAUUAAAAAAAUUGGACCUUUAACCAUCUCCAAUUCAUGUAGCAAAAGAUUUAUUAAGUGCUAGAGAAAUUCCAAAAGAUUAUGUUAAAUAACAUAAAUUAGAAUUUAAGCUUAGAUAAACAUAAUUUUGGUAGCCAUCAAUUAAGGACAUUGCAUCAUAAUAAUAAACUAUUUAACAAUAAUAAUAAUAAUUAUAGCAAUAAGAUUAAUAAUAAUUGGCUGAUACUACAAAUGCCAUAUCAUUUAUAGAAUCUUCAAAGAAUGAAGAAUCUUAAAUGUAAUAAUCUUCAUAGUCAACAAGAAGAAAAAUAUUAGUUAAAUCAAGAAUUUCAAAAUAACCUAGUGAUUCAUCUAUAUGGAAGAAACCUCUUAAAUAAAUUAAUAAAAUAGUUUUAUAAUUAAAGCAAGAUAGCAAAGCUGAAUACUUAGCAAUAAUAAAAUAUGAAGAUGCAAGUAAUUAGCUUGAAUAAAAAUCUAUGGAUGUAAAUAAGAAAAUUUAAUGGGAUUGUUAAGUAAAAUUUGAAAUUACUGAUGAUUAAAAUUUAUACAUCAUUAUUGUGUAAUAAUAACAAGGAAAAAAUGGAUAACAGAAUGUAUUAUAAUAAUCGAUAAAUAUAUAAAAUGUUGAAAAAUAGUUUUAAUAAGAAGUGUAAUUAAAGUAUUUAAAAAAUACAAUUAAUGCUACUUUAUUAGUUGAUUUUAAUUGA